UUCAUUUUCCUCAGAUUUAAAGCCUCUGUUUUUCUUCAAAAGAAAAAAUCCUCCUUUAUUAAAUAAGAAAAAUUUCUUGUGUAAGAAAACUAAAAGAAAUUCAAGAAAAUACCCUUUAACUCAUUCAUGGGAUGUUUUCUAAUUAAUCCAUCUAAUUUUAAUUCCAGUUACUUUGAUCUUCUUGCAAAACGGAAGAUUUCUUCAUAAUCUCCACAGCCAAAUCAAACGUCCCAAAAGAAUUUCUUUCUUCCUCUAAGCCUCACUUUCUUGUUCGAUCCCACGACCCACCCGUCCAGCUUCCUCCUCCUCUUCUAUUCGUGAAUUGAUAAAAAAAAAAAAAGGGACAGGAAGAUUAGAGCUUCGUAAUGGCCCUACCCGCUUAUGACACGAGCUUCUCAUUCGGGGCGGAUUGUUUUAACCUGUUCAAUCCGCUUUCACGCAGUUUCCCAGGAUUCAGUGGUCUUUCAUGCAGCGGGUCAGCAGUGCCACAGUCACUAGUACUGGGCAAUGAGGAAGGCAAGCUUGUCAAGGCCUCAGCAUCCAUCGCCAAGAAGGCUGCAUCGCCUGAGAAAGCUCUGGCGGCCUUGAAGAGCCACAGCGAGGCCGAGCGCCGGAGGAGAGAGAGGAUUAACUCUCACUUGGCCACACUCCGCGGCCUUGUGCCGUGCACUGAGAAGAUGGAUAAGGCCACAUUGCUUGCCGAGGUGAUCAACCAAGUGAAGAAGUUGAAGAGUAAUGCCAUCAAAGCUACUGAAGGCCUUCUUAUACCAAUGGAUGCCGAUGAAGUAAACGUUGAGCUUUGCAAAGACGAAACCGGAGAUGGCAGCUUCUCUCUUAGGGCAUCAAUAUGUUGUGAGUACCGGCCGACCUUGCUAUCUGAAAUCAGAAAGGCAUUUGAGGCGCUGCCCUUGAAGCCUGUGAAGGCCGAAAUAUCGGCUGUUGGUAGUCGACUGAAGAACAUAUUCAUCUUCACAAGUCAGCGCUGUACUGGAGAUGGAGACCUUGAAGAAGGCCAACAUCAUAUAGAGUCCGUUCGCUACGCUCUGAAUUUGAUCCUCGAGAAGGCUCCUGACUCGUCGGAAUAUUGCCCGCGAAGUACACCACCUAGCAAGAGACGAAGGGUUUUCUCUACUGAUUCAUUGAGCUCUUCUCCCUAGUUAAUAAUAAUUGGAGAAAGACAUCAUUCAUUCAAGUCAUUUGUGUGUUUUAAAGUCGAAUGCAUUCAGAGUCGAGUAGUUCCAUGAUUAUGCAGCUGGUUCUAUUACUGCUAGCUUCAUGUCUGUGUCUCUGUAACAUAGAAGUGUUGUAUGGAAUUUGUGAAAUGAGAGUGAUGACAUGUCCCAUGUAGAUCGUUCGAAAUUUGGCGUUUGCUGUGCUUAUGUAUAUGUUUUUUUUUUGGUUGAAAUAGGGGGCCUAGGCCCGAUAUGUAUCUGGGUUUCAAAUCAAGAGUACAUUAUUAUCUACUUUAAUUACUUU